AUGGCUUCCGAGGAAAGCUUUUGGACAUUGAGCUUUGACGGAGCAACAGCCGGAGGGAAAGCAGGAACCGGGAUAGUCCUUAUAAGCGAAAGUGGGGAAAAGUUAUAUUUGUCUUAUAAAUUGGAUUUCCAGUGUUUGAAUAAUGAAGCCGAGUAUGAGGCUCUUAUUUUAGGCUUGAUAGCAGCUGAGAAACACAGUAUCAAGAAGAUUCAGAUUCAGGGGGAUUCAAAGCUAGAGGAGGUCGAAAUAGAGCAUGUGCCUCGCUCCGACAACAAGUUUUUAGAUGCCCUCACAACAUUAGGGGCAAGAGUUGACAUUCCAGAGGAGGAGGCGACAAUUGUUAUCAAGAAGAGAACAGAGCCUUUAAUAAUACCCGAGGACAAAGACCUUCCAGAGGACUGGAGAGAAGAAAUCCUCGAACAACUCAGAAGCAAAGUUGGAAAGCUGACUAUGGCCAAGCUUGCCCAAUUCAUAAUUAUUCAAGGUGAAAUUUACUUUUGA